GACAGCCGACCAUGCAGAAGUAACCAGUGAUGUGUAUUGGGCCGGUAACAAGUUCAAUUGAUAUGGAUUUACAAAUACUUUACAUGUUUUCGAGCUGUGUCACUAAAUUUGUAUUUAUCGAAAGCUUAGUAGCCCUAAAUAGUUUCUGCAAAAGAGCGUCUCCAUAACAUUUAACUACGUAGUGUAAAAUUCGUUGAAGAUUUAGCCGUCAACAAUUGGAGAAUGAAUUAUUUUCAGGGCACUAACAAGUAGUCACUCGAUCAUAGCCCUUGCUGACUUACGGACGCACUUCGGAAGUUUGAAAAUAUUCAGUACGAUCUACUGGUUAAUGAUGACUUACGAAACAUAAAACCGACAAAAACAUUUUGAUCGUCGAAGUUCGAGUCGACUUUGACAAGUCUGUUGGUAUGGAUCUUAAUGUAUCAACAAUUUUCUAUGAGAAUAUUAAUAAUACAAUGACUUGGAAUGAUAAUAAUCUGGAAUACAGUGUAGAUAAUUGCACUUAUGGAUUAAUUAGCUUUGAACCAACGAAUAUCACUUCACAGAAUGGGUUUCAGAAGCGUUACACCAGCUUUGCAUACGUUGUACUGUCGUUGUUAAUAAUAUGGACAUUCUUUGGAAAUACGUUAGUUUUGAUGGCCGUGAGUCGAGAACGGGGACUGAAAUCUAUGUCAAACUAUGUGAUUGCGUCGUUAGCUUUAGCGGACUUGCUGCUGUCUGUUCUGGUGAUGCCAAUUGGUCUAAUUAAUUUGGUUACCGGUACAUGGAAUCUUGGACUAAGCAUAUGCUUAACCUAUUUAACGCUGGACGUCCUCCUCUGCACGGCUUCCAUUCUUCAUCUGUGUGCCAUUGCUGUUAAUCGGUACCUAGCCGUAACAUUUCCAUUACUGUAUUCGCGGGACAGGGUGAACUCUCGUUCCCGUAUACUAGGUACAAUCAUCCCGGUAUGGAUUGUCUCGUUAGGAAUUUCAUUACCUUUAUUCGUUCAGGGUGCUAUUAAUCCGCAGAAUGUUCUUCGUGAAAAUAUGUGCGGCUACUUUGAUCGAGUCUUCGUUAUCUACUCAUCUAUGUGUUCUUUCUAUCUGCCUUUAGCAAUUAUGAUUGUCGUCGACGUUCGUGCUGUGCGGAAACUACGAGGACGAAAGUUACGCCUGUCUCUGAAAAUGGCGGCAAAGUCAAGCGCACAACCGAUGCUGGACGGCAAAGGGGAGGCAAGCUCCUCCGAUAGAAGCAGCUCCAACGGAUACCAGUAUACAAUGCGCCGUGCCACGCGUGCGAGUAUAAGUGCGAGGAAGUUGAGUUCGGCACGCAACUCCACGAUAAGCGGCGAGGCAGUGAAACGCACAAUGAAAGUGUUAACAAGUAAACGUGAACGCAGAGCAGCGAAAACAUUAGUCUUAGUAUUCGUAUUUUUCGUGGUGCUUUGGUUACCAUUCUUUGUGAUUCAUUUAACCACAGCGAUAUGUACGUCUUGUAACGUACCAAUGGAAUUAUUUGUCAUUUUUACUUGGCUAGGCUAUGUAUCUUCAGCCAUCAAUCCUUGCAUAUACACCAUGUUAAAUAUGGAUUUUAGACACGCUUUCCUGCGAAUUCUGUGCUUCAAAAGCAGCUCACAUUAUCCAAGAUCGGCAGAGACUUCAACAAGCGUCAUGUACACGCUAAAAUCAAGUUUCCGAUUUAGAGACAGUGGAUAGAGCUUACAGCUCUUACCUAACGGUUUAGGGCAUUUUACCAAACGCAUUUACAUCAGUUUAACUAUCGCGUUUUGCACAAGUUAACGCGUUUACACCUGUUCAACUAUUGCGUUUGCACAAGCUUCCUAACGAGUUUACAGCACUUUGUGCAGUUUAUAAUAAUGUAAGAGCUAUGCCUAUCCGUUUUGGAUCCAGAAUAAAUGACGAUAAAGAAUCAACUGGUUUGAUCUGCAUUCGGUGAAAGAUCACUUUGGUCGGGUGGUCAGUGCAGUGACGUCAUUUUUGUAAUUUACGUAGAGUUGUGUGUACUUAAGAAGGCCUAUAACAUUCUGUGAAUAACAGAUUAUCGUAUUGUACGCA